AUGUUAAACAAAUUGCAAACCGAUAUUUCAUCUCGUUUUUCAGAUGUUAAAUUACACGAAAAAUCGUUGGGUUUAUUUGAAAAUCCAUUCAAUAUUGAUGAAAUUGAUGUCGAUACUUCUUUUCAACUUGAACUUAUCGAGUUAAAUACAAAUUCAUUUUACUAUGAUGAAUUUCAAACAAUGAAAAAAAAUGAUAUAUUAAAAUUUUAUUCAACGCUUUCACACGAAGAUUUCCCUGCUUUGAGAGACAUUAUGAUGAAAAUGGCAACUGUAUUUGGCUCGACGUAUAUAUGUGAAUAA